CACACACCUUCCCCUCAUGUGCCCGGCGAAUGUUGCUUCGGAAGGUCAUCAAUAGCCGAGACGAGUCUAUUCUGCCUGCUUGCCAUAGUAACUGAAUUACCUGCGCGUCGAUACAUCACUGAUAUUUUACAUCUUGGCGAGACAGGUGCUGAAGUACGAGCUUCACCGGGAGACGACUGUCUCGUGUAAGCUACUGAGUUUGGAAAAAAUAGCACAGACAGUAAGGUCGGAAAUAUAUACAGUGCUAUUGUCUUGGCUGCAUUUCUACGUAAAAAUAAUCUACGGAAUGUCCUUCUCUCGCGUCUCACAGCAGUUCUUAUUAUCGCAGAAAUGAAGACGCUGUCCUGUUGGAUCUUCUGAAUGGCCGAACCUGCGCUGCUCGUUCAGAACUGUCGGACUGCUGCCGUGGAUACGGGCCCGCCCAGAGAAACCGCUCUGAUGAACCCUGCCGAAAACAAGAAAAUGGAACCCAGAAUCAACGAAAAGAAGUGCUCCUGGGCGUCCUACAUGACAAACUCCCCGACCGUGAUUGUGAUGAUCGGACUUCCUGCCAGGGGGAAGACCUACAUGUCUAAAAAACUGACUCGAUACCUCAACUGGAUAGGAGUGCCAACCAAAGUGUUUAACCUGGGCGUGUACCGGCGGGAGGCCGUCAAGUCAUACAAGUCCUACGACUUCUUCCGUCACGACAACGCGGAGGCCAUGAAAAUAAGGAAACAGUGUGCCCUGGUCGCUCUACAGGAUGUGAAGUUGUACUUGAAUGAAGAAGGAGGCCAAAUCGCGGUGUUUGAUGCUACAAACACGACAAGGGAGAGAAGAGACCUCAUUCUGGACUUUGCAAAGGAGAACGCCUACAAGGUCUUCUUCGUGGAGUCCGUGUGUGACGACCCAGAAGUCAUUGCAGCCAACAUUCUGGAAGUGAAGGUGUCCAGUCCAGAUUACCCAGAGAGACACAGAGAAAGGGUAAUGGAUGACUUCCUGAAAAGAAUUGAGUGCUAUAAGGUCACAUACCAGCCACUGGAUCCUGAUGAAUAUGAUAAGGACAUGUCCUUCCUCAAACUGAUUAACGUGGGCCAGAGGUUCCUGGUGAACCGCGUGCAGGACUACAUCCAGAGCAAGAUCGUGUACUACCUGAUGAACAUCCACGUGCACUCUCACUCCAUCUACCUGUGUCGCCAUGGCGAGAGCGAGCACAACCUGCAGAGCCGCAUUGGCGGAGACUCUGAGCUGUCGCACCGCGGGAGACAGUUUGCGCAUGCACUCCAGGGUUUUAUAGAGGAGCAGAAGCUGCUGGACCUGAAGGUGUGGACCAGCCAGCUGAGGAGGACCAUUCAGACGGCAGAGGAGCUGGGCGUGCCCUAUGAGCAGUGGAAGAUCCUCAACGAGAUCGACGCUGGUGUUUGCGAGGAGAUGACCUACGAGAUGAUCCAGGACACAUUCCCGGAGGAGUUUGCCUUGCGGGACCAGGACAAGUAUCAUUACCGCUACCCCGGGGGAGAGUCCUACCAGGACCUGGUGCAGCGGCUGGAGCCGGUGAUCAUGGAGCUGGAGAGGCAGGGCAACGUGCUGGUCAUCUGCCACCAGGCUGUCAUGCGCUGCCUGCUCGCCUACUUCCUGGACAAGAGCGCAGAUGACCUGCCGUACCUGAAGUGUCCCCUUCACACUGUCCUCAAGCUCUCACCAGUGGCAUAUGGGUGUAAAGUGGAGAUGUUCUACUUGAACGUGGAGGCAGUGAACACGCAUCGCGAUCGACCAUUGAAUAAACCCCGGGAUGACUCCGCCCCCGUCCUGCUCCGACGCAACAGCUACACCCCCCUGUCCAGCCACGACCAGUUCAAGCGGCCGCGACUCUACAGCGCCGGCAACUGGCUCCCCCGCGCCCCUUCGCCGUCGGACCUGCUGUUCCCCGAGGGCCCAGAGGGGGCGCUGCUGCAGCACAGUCAACCUCAUAUAGGAAGUGGCUGUCUGAAUCCCUGUGUGAAGGAAUCGACUGUGACAGCCCAGAAGAUGCUGCUGACAACGUCUGCUUUUGAAUAGAAGACCAAAACACGCACACGCACAUGAAUACACACAUGCACACACAUACACACAUGCCCUCACACGCACAUGAACAUACCCAUACACACACACACACACUCACACACACACACACAAACGCACACCC